AUGGCUGAUUUCGACGCAGUUCUGAAGUUCUGGGGUCCAGUGGAGGCUGACUAUGCUGCUCAUGGGAGCCUGGUUCUGACCCGUCUAUUCACAGAGCACCCAGACACCCAGAAGCUGUUUCCAAAGUUUGCCAACAUCGCCCAGAGUGACCUGGCUGGUAACGCAGCCAUUUCUGCCCAUGGUGCUACUGUACUGAAAAAACUGGGGGAGCUGCUGAAGGCCAAAGGCAACCAUGCUGACAUCCUCAAACCUAUGGCGAACAGCCAUGCAAACAAACAUAAGAUCCCCAUCAAUAACUUCAAGCUGAUCGCAGAGGUCAUUGGUAAAGUCAUGGAGGAGAAGGCGGGACUUGAUGCCGCUGGGCAGCAAGCCCUGAGCAACGUGAUGACUGCCAUCAUAGCUGACAUGGAGGCCAAUUACAAGGAGCUGGGCUUCACCAGCUAA